AUGGUCAAACUUUUCGUAGUUCUUCUGUUCGUGGGUGCAACUUUGUGCGUAGAAAUUAAAACGCCCAUCAAUCAAACAGUACCAUGCGUUAGUACCGAAAAUGAUUUGUGGGAGCUUCAGAAGUAUCCUGAUGACUGUCGUUUGUUCAUAUUUUGUAUGAAUAACAUAGGAAUAGUAGGAGAGUGCCCCGAUGAACUAUAUUUCAAUCCAGAUGAUCAAAAAUGCGACUUACGAGAGAACGUUGAGUGUGAAGACUCAAGCGAAACUACAACUGCUGAAAAUGAAGAAGAUACGGAAAUUACAACGGAACCAACAGACCAAACAACGAAUGAGGAGACUACAAUCGAUGUGACAAUCAGUGAUGAGCCCACAAAUGACGACACCACAAUUGAAGAAACGACAAUCACAACCACCGAAGACGAAAAUACUACCGACGAUGAUACAACUACUGACGAUGGUUCGGAGGAAAACUGUGAACCAUUGUGUGCAGAAUUUCCACCGUGGGGAGGCCAGAUAGCGGAUCCAAAUGAUUGCCAACGAUUCGUCAGCUGUGUCAAUCGAUGUCAGGGAGCCAUCAUGUUCUGUCCAAGGGGAUUGCACUUCAAUCAACUGAAGAUGGUGUGCGAUAUCCCGCAAAGAGCGGAGUGUCUACAAGAAGUAUGUUCAGAUAGAGAAGAUGGAUUGCACGCCAGUGCUAACAGUUGUCGUAUGUUUUAUGCAUGCGUUCAAAAUAACGCACUUUUAUGGUCAUGUGGAGAUACCCAAGUUUUUGACCCUGUCAGAUUAGAAUGUGUACAAGAAGAUGAAACCAAUACUUGCGAGACUCCAGAAAUCCCGUUGGCUCCGAUUGAAGUCGUGAAUGAAUGCACUGAUGUUGUGGAAUCACAAAACCUAAGACAUCCUUAUCUGUGUGAUGUGUAUUACUGGUGCGUUAAAAGAUAUCUUUUUCCUCGGCAAUGUCAGUCGGAAUUAUAUUUCGAUGCGGAUGCACAAGCUUGUAAUCUAAGCAAAUUAGUAGAUUGUACCAUAAAUUGAACUCGAGUUGCGUAGUUUCUGUUGAGAGUUAUAUGAUAUUACGGAAACAAUUUGAGAAGAUGCAGGUAAACACACGAAUAAUAUUCAAUUUUAUUAUAAAAAUUGAAAAAUAUUAUCUAAAUA